CCUAUUCCUUUUUAUCAAAAUUUGCUAGGUUAGAUCAUAAAAUAGCGAAUAUAAAAAAUAGACGUUCAAGAAACUAUACAAACACAAAAUUACAAAACCAGAACUGUACGAUAGAUAAAAUGAAAAACUUCUCUUUUAUUAUUUUUAAUAGAAUAUCGUAUUAAUUUCUCACUUUCAAGUGUAUAUAUAGUGCAUAUAAUUUUUUUCCUUCUCAAGCAGCGAAUUGCUUGUUGAAUAGGUUAUUUUUUUGUCCUGAUAGAUUCUAAUUUUCACGUUAAACAUAUCGUGCUAACUAUAUGCCCAAUUAACUAAAAUCAUUAUAGUUAAAAUAAAGUUCAAUAAUUCUCCCUGCUACAAAAUAUUGACUUUUUUUAAACAAAUAGGUUAUACAUAUUAAAAACGAAUUUCAGUGAGGUCAAAUCAAAUAACUAUCACUCACACGUUACAAGUUGAAAUUCGUAACGAAGAAAUAUCAAUUAUCACGUGUAUUUUUAUUUAUAUGUGAUUUACGAUUACAAAUAAAGUUAUUUUUUUGAUAUUUGUAAUUUAAAAUAGAACAAUGAGUUCCAACAAAGCAAAAUUAUCAAAAAGUAUAUUAGAAAUGAAAUUUAUGAAACGUACUAAGGAGAAGGUAGAAAAGCAACAAUUUCAAGAAGAAGGUGAAGAAUAUUUUGGAAAUGAACUCACAAAACGUAUGAAAAAAGAAUCAGAAAGAUUCAUCAUAGAACCUAGUUACGUCUUUUGUGAAAAAUUAAUUGAUGGUAGAUUAAGUUAUCAAGGAAUGAAUCCUGAAAUUGAAAAAUUAAUGGAAGCAGAACAAAAUGAAAAACGUGUUUCAAUGGAAUUGAAGAAUGAAACAGAUAUUUCAGAUGAGCAAAUGGUAGAACAUUGGAAAAACUUCAAGAAUAAAACAAAACCUGAAUCCUAUGAGAAACAUUCACAAAAAAAUAAUGUUAAAUCUAUUGAACCAAAAUCAAAAAAGCCAAAGUUUUUGAAACCUCAAGAUUAGUAGUAAAUAAUUAUUAUUUGUAUAUAUAUAAGCAGUGGAUUUUAAUUAAAACAAAAUUUUUAAAUUCAUUAGUAGGCUUUAAAUGUUUAUACGUUUCAAAGUUCGGCUGAUAUUUAUAUUCUUUAGUGGUAUUAUUAGGUGAAAAAGAAGAUGAAGUAAAGUUUAUAAUAAAUUCAAUAAAAUUAUUGAAAUUUUUACACUAUUGUAUUUCUGCAAACAUACGUUAAAUGUAUAAAACAUGUAAUUAUAUACCUUACAUAAAAUGAAGAUAUAGACGGUUGGUAUUACUGUAUAUAGCUUAAAUAAAUUUUGUAUUUCAAAUGUAA